GUCGCAGCGCGGUCCUGCCCUGAGUCACAACAAGUCACAGAUGUGGAUCACAUAAAGAACUCUAAAUGAGGGGCGGGUCACUAAAAAUAGAGCCAGGGGCUGCUUGUUUACAUUUGUGUCUGUUCGGCUCAAGCAGGAUCUUUUCUUCUUUCUGUGGUUCUUCUGCUGUGGUUGUCGACUUUAGUUGAGAUAUCUGAGAUAAAAUACAAGAUGAAGCGGUCGUUGGUUCUUUUCUUGAUCUUUGCGGUUCUGGUCUGCUCGAAUCUGGCGUAUGCGCAGAGCACGUCGUCGACAACCUCUUCUUCCUCCUCCUCCUCCUCCUCAUCUUCAUCUUCUUCUACAACCUCCUCUUCUACUACAUCUUCAACUACCUCAUCGUCUACCUCAUCUACUUCAUCUUCUUCCUCCUCCUCCUCCUCUUCCUCUGAUGCCACCUCAUCAACCACAUCCUCCGUCACUUCAUCGGCUUCCUCCUCCGAAUCCUCCGGAUCCUCAUCAACCACUUCUACCAGCAAAAUCGUCAUCACCGCCUCCAACUCCCUCAACGGCGGCUCCUCCACCUCCACUUCUGCUCCGUCCAUUUCCACCGCGCAGAGUACCUCGAGCUCCACAAUCGCGUAUCCCACGCCAACAGUCCCGGUCACCACUGACAACCCGUUCAUCAAAGAGUCGUCUGCUCCCGAAGGCACUGUGUUCAUCGCCGUUGGAGCCUGUCUGGGUGGAAUCGGCCUGGCGCUUAUAGCGUGGAGAGGACUGAUUGCGUACUCGCUCCACAAAUCCCUGCAGAACGUUCCCGUACCUGGCGAGUACAAGCCCGAUGCGAAGAACAAAUCAGGUUUCUUUGGCGGCAAACGGGGCGGUGCUGCUGCUGCGUCAGGCGCCGCUUUGGCUGGAAGUAACGUCUCUCUCGAUGAUCUCAACCGCAACACGUUCUACUCCCCGACCGCGAACGCGAUCGGCAUGACCGGCGGCGCCGUCACCGCCAACGACGCCCAUCUCUCAACCAUCGGCCAAUUCAAUCGAGCAUCGACAUACCUCCCGGCCGGAUACUACGGAGGUUCGAACGCGGCCUCGACCGCUAAUCUGUCGAACCGCCACUCGUCGACCUUCCCGCGCGCGCAAAGUCCUCAUAACUACUCGCGCUCGACGGCGACGAAUCUUAAUGUCGCGCCUGCGCCUGGUCAGCGCGUGCCGAGUGCGUACUUGGACAAUUUACUCGAUGGUGACCAUAUAUAGACCUCUAGAAGAUUAAGGACCUGUUUCUUUCUCUCUGGGUUAUUCUAACGAUUGGAUCACAAAAUAAUUGACAAUCUCCAGAGCUUUUUGAUGAAAUAUGUUUUGUGAUCACUGGAUACGUUUACCUCUCUGUCUGUGCUGAGAAAUUCAUGAUGUUGAGCUCAUGUCUUCAUUCCGAGUAGCUUUGUGACAUGUGUAUAUAUUGGGCGUUAAAUAAGUGGAUCUUAUAUUUCUUUGUUGUUUGUUUUUGGUGUAUUACUGUAUCGGAUCAAAGUAGACGAGCGGUUUAACGAGUUUUAUCAUUCUUAUCUUGUAACUGAUUGAUGGAUCGACUGGUCUGAUCUUGAUCUCUACGGUUUCGUAAGUACCAAGCAAA